GUACCUUUAAUUCUGUUUGUACGAAGUGUUUUAAAAUACUCAACCAGCUGAAAAUGAACAGAUUUCAAAAGUUUCUUUCCUGAUGAUCCAUGAAAAACAAGCAGCUGGAUGUCUUGUUCAUUGUGCAGUUUACAAGGCAAGAAGUGUCAAUAAAGCUUGACAUUCAACACCCUCCUGUCACCACCCAGGUCCGGCCUAUCAGGCUUAAGAAGGAAACAUGCUGAGUUGUACUGGAUGGAAACCGUGCAGAUGGGAGACUAACUUCUGAAGAAUGAACAACCAGGAGCCAACAGAAAUCCCGGGAUCGGCUUUGCCUAAACAGAGGAAGAUCCUCCACUUCUCUAGCGGUGAAACUCUGGAGGUAGAGGACAGCACAGAUGAGGAGCCAUCAAAGCCAAUCCCCUUUGAGGAACCAGCAGGGAGGACCAAAUUAUCUUUCAAGAAUGCGGCCCUUCUAGUAGGUAGGAUUUCACUUCUAGCUUGCGAUUUUCUCGGAGAGAGGUUCGCUGGAGUUUUUGGGCUGAAUGCUGCCAAGUAUCAGUACGCCAUUGAUCAGUAUCAUCGAAAACACAAGAUAGAUGAGCGGAGACGAGCAGAGAUGCUGAACCUCUCUCCUGGAGUGGGUGGAAGCACCUAUGGAGCCACGGAAAGUUUAAACGUAUCUUCGAAUUCCACAGAGAGGUGUGGCAACAGCGGAGGAUAUCUUAAUAAAGGAUAUCAAGCAAACCAAGAGAAAUACGAUUGGAGAAAGGAACAAUGUGGAAAUCUGGAGAUGUCACAAGAGGACAAGUGUUUUCAGAUGGAUCAUUUUGAAACAAAUGAUGGCUAAGAUGAUUCACAUGCCACAGUAAAAAUUAAAAACUACCAUUAACAACCUUUAACUGCUAUAAUUUUCUAGUUUUGUAAAAUGUCUUACAAGGUGAUGCAAUGCAGGAAAUAAAAUCCAUAAGCUGCUAAAUACCAAAUUUUACUUAUAUGAUGAUUGUGAGUAAAGAUUAGAUUUAAUUUUAAAUCUAUAAUAAAAUAUGGCGAUUAAAAAUCAUUAGGAAGAUCA